AGGAUACAUGAAAAACUUAUGGUGAAAAAAUUAUCAUUUGACGCUUUGUUCGCUGUUAAGGUAACUUUCAUGAAUCUGCCACUGACAGACGCCUCGUUUUCAUAUGUGCUUCAAUAUGUAACUAAAACUUGUUGAGUGAAUCAGUGGAGCAUUUUGGAAUAUCAUCCUGAUCGUCAUAGAUUUCUACGGAUUUUGUUGUUCACCAUGCCUGGGGAAGGAAUUGACGUUCUAGACAAUCUAGAACGGGAAUUCAAGGAAAUCGAUUCACAACGAACAGGAUGGCACGCGCUUUUCAACAGCAUCGGAAUGGACUCGAGAAACCCCGAAUUGACUAGCAAGGAAUCUGUGAAGCCCUGCAAUCGACCGUUAAACCGUUAUCGUAAUGUCAGUCCUUACGAUCACAGUCGAAUCGUUCUUCUGAACUCUGAUGUGGACUAUAUCAACGCAAAUCUUGUGGAAGUCCCGCUUGCGGAUCGCCGGUAUAUUUUGAGUCAGGGCCCUCUGGAGAAUACUUGUGGACACUUUUGGCUCAUGAUUUGGCAGCAAGGAACACGCGCAGUUGUGAUGCUAAAUCGAAUUGUUGAGAACAACGUUCCGAAGUGCCACCAGUACUGGCCUGAGGAAAAAGGGAAAAUUAAAAUAUUUGAUGACGUUGGCCUUCAAAUAACGCUACUUCAAGAGCGAGGAGAGGGUUUCUAUAUUGUUCGUACGCUUCUCGUUACGGAAACUUCAAGUGGAGACUGCCGUGAAGUUCUUCAGUUCCACUAUACUACUUGGCCUGAUUUUCAAGUUCCUUCGUCGCCUGCUGCUUUUCUAAGCUUCUUGGCUGCCGUCAGACGAAGUGGAACGUUGGAAAAUGAAGUUGGUCCUGCAGUCAUUCACUGUAGCGCUGGGAUCGGACGAUCAGGAACCUUCUGCCUGAUCGAUAGCUGCUUGCUACUUUUGGAAAAGCGCAUUUUCUCUGAGUUGGAUGUCCGUAGCAUACUUUUGGAGCUAAGAACAUAUCGCAUGGGGCUCAUCCAGACCGCUGAUCAGUUGCGAUUCAGCUUUUUGGGGAUAAUUCGCGGUGCCCGGAAAAUCUUGUGCGAAGACGGAUCUUUCGAUGGGAACUUUGACCUGGAUGAUGAUACAGACAGUCAAAUGCAAACGUCGCAUCGUCUGGAUUCUUCCUCGUCUGAGGAUGAAGGAAAGCCGCCAACGCCGCCUCUUCGCAGUGAUUCGCUGUCCCGCUCUUUUGACAACAGCAGUUCUUCGCCUGCGACUGCAGAAGACCUUUCCGACGGAUCUGGCGACGAAUUGCCGCCGGCAAUGCCGGUCAAGAAUUCAUUGUUUAAGACUCAGGGAUACACGAUGCCCGUGGCGGAGGAACUGAUAAAUUUGACGAAUGGAAAGCACGUUCUUGGUGAAGAUGCGAGGAAAUCGCAAGACUCGGAAAAGACUCUGGGAAAUCAGCCGCUCUCGAAAUUCUUAGUCGGUGCCGCAGUUGUGGCGAUCAUUUCGAUAUUUUCCUACGUCUACUGGAUGUAAAACGGUUUUUGUCUCGUUUCCUAUUCGGAAUUUCUGGAAGAGAUGACAGGAUGCCAUUCAAAAGUUGUUCGAGGGUUAUACGAACAUUUUUGAUUUGUUCACAUUUUCAACGCUUUUGCGGAUUUGUUGAUUCUCUCAUUUUUCAUUGUGUUGUUUUCAAAAACUGAGACAAUUUUUAAGUUGCCCGCGAUCGCGGAAGCUUGGAACGAGUAGCGUUCAAAAGUGUAUCGUAGCAAGUGAAACGAGCAAGUGCAAAUGUGCAUAAACGAACAAGGUAAUUUCCGAGCACAAGCUGAGGAAAAAUCAUUCUGGCCCCCAUUGGAGCUUGCAUUUUUUUUUUUUUAGAAGUAACGUCGCAGUGACAAAAUUGCGUGGAAGUCUCGUAUCAGUGGCCAUAAUUUAAAAGCAUGUACAGGUUUUUCCUUUUUUUGUGCUUCUUGCAUCAACUCCGAAGAGAAAAGCGAACUUCUGGAGGAAUUGAAUUGUGAUGUUUUUACUCGGUCAAUUGUGUUUCGUGUAAAGCAAAAGGCAUGAGUGCAUUGGUAAUCGAGGUUCAAUUUGAACAGAGAAGCUGUUCCUUUGAUGGCGAAUUUUUGUUAUUAAUGUCUUGUGGAGCAUUAUUUUCACGCGACGUGGUUAUUGUGAAGUGACGCAUCAGGUUUUUAUCAUUGCCCUUUUCUGAAACAUGAUGUGAUAAUCAAUGCAAGUUUGUCAUUCAUUCCCUUUCUAAAUUUGAGAAUGUGUUUGAAGCAUGCGUUGUAUUGUUACAGUCAAAUCCCAUUCACCUUUGUCAACCCCCGAUUGAUCUUGAAAUUCAAAUCCACCCUGAUGAUGAAUGCAUUGGAAACCCUUCUGAAAA